UGGCAACCGAAUCGCUUUGCCUACCGUGUGCAUCUUCAAUAUGGCAGCGUGCGAGCUGAAAGGAGAACUGAAGUACAGAGAUGGACAGACAAACCAGUUCACUGUACAAGUAGAUGGCGAUUUGAAAUCACUAUUAACUGGCGUCAAGAAAUUAAAUGCCGAUGUAUCGGUUGUGUUGACGGCUCUUGUUGAGCAAGAAAAGGGUUCAACGGAUAUUAGCAGAGGGGUUUUGGAUGAUGAUGAUGAUGAGGACGAGGACAGUGACGAAGAAGAUAGUACCACAGGAAUGACCACCCAAAAAAGGUCAAAGUCAGAACCUCCAAACAAACGGAUAAAGACCUUACGGCCAUGAUCAUCAGAACUGUCAUUUUUUUGUUAUGGCCUUUGGUGCAUAAAAAGGUGUUUGUACAUAAGUGCUCUCCUUUUAACUCCUAUGACAGCCGUGAGUUUAAGACAGUGUUGGGAUUUUACUUUAUUUUGUUUCCAUUAAAAAUAUAUGAUGUUAUUUUUGCUAACUUUAAAUGUUUUCUAUAAAAGAAAAAGCAUAAUAGUGCUAAGGGGAAAUUGUUUUAUCAUUACAAUUUUCCUGUUAUAAAAUGUUACAAAUUGACUGGUAAUCAGUACUUAAGUUUCUUCAGUUACUGGGCAAUAAAACAUUGCACAAUAAUUUGUCAGUGUAACAAUUUCAAAAUAAUUUUCACUGCACAUUACAUUUCUUUAUUGAUUUUUGUCAGAAUCCAGAGUUGUUUCAAACCACAGUGUAUUAAGAUUGCAAUGGAAAGUAAUUAAUAGGUACCAUUAAACAUUAAAGUCACAGUCAAGCCCUUUUAGGCAAAAAUAAUUUGCCUUUUUUAGCAUUGCAACAAAUUAAUAAAACAUUCCACAUGUAACCAAAGGCAUUGUAACCACAAAAGAAUUGAUUUUAAAGAUUGGAACAUUUGGAUCUGUGGCACAAGCUCAUCAAAUGUUCCGACUCUUUACAACCUAUCACACCCAUAACCUUUGCAUUUCUUAUGCAAGAUAAGAUUAUUCACGCUGUAAAAUCAUACUGAUAUCCCUCAACAAUAAGACAAGAGUUUGAGUACACUAUUUCACUAAACAUGAUUAUGAACUUAUUUCAGAAACACACAGAUGUUUUUUCUCUGAGGACACUUGAAUAUCACUGAUACAGAAUUAGUAUUUGUCAAAUAAACACAAAUUAAGAAAUAAAAGGAAAAUACUAUCUUUCCAUGACUAGAGCUGACAAGAAAUCAUAUUUGGAACAAAAUACUGAUAUUAAAAUGUAUUCAUCACAGAUUAUUUUUUAAUACAAAAGUUUUUUUAUUACAAAUUCUUUUAUUGUUCUCUCUUUGAGUGCAUUUUAUAUUCAAAACAAGUAAAAAGAUGGACACUUAUAAACAAAUGGGAAACUGUCAGUAGUUUUCUUAUUUUCCUCUCAUACAGUGUCCACUGGAGUUGAGAACAAACAGCUGGAGCAUUAAAUUGACAAUAAAAAUCCACUGGACUCAUACUAUGGAAACAUUUACACUCCUUGAUUCAUUUUGAUUUAUAGGAAAUCUACCCAUCUUUAGAAAUGUAGUUCAUGCAGCCCCAUUAACAAUCUCCACAUCUUGUACUAUGGCUUAAUUGCCUCCAUUUAGGCUACUUAAAGUUCAUAUAUUUAAUUUAAUUUCUUUGUUUCAGCUAAAUCAAGAUGAAACUUCUAGAAAAUGUACUUUAAGACUGAGCUGACAUGGAAAAUACCUCUGGAUCCAGUUAUAAAUCUACUUUGAUUAAAAUGCAGAGCAAAUUCGACAUUCAGCUUGAAAGAGUAUGAAACCUUGUUAGACUAUAUUCCUAUUUGUUUUUGUAAAAAAAAAAAAAAAAAAAACUGGUUUGGAACUGCA